AUGUUCACCACCUCCGCCAUCCUUUUACCAAACAUGUCGUUUGAAGACCUUGCCGAGCAGAUUGUCGCGGUCACAGAAGCCUUGGAACUCAUCAAAAACCUGCAACCAGUGCAACCGGUGGUCGAGACGCAUGAUAACAAUGGCUCAAAAAGCACUUCUUCCUGGGGCAGCAGCACCGUCGCAAAAACUCCUCCUCCUCGUCAGCCGUACGUCUCUGAUCUCCCCCCAUUGCAGCCCAAUCAACAUCCAAUUGUCUUGUCCAUCUGGGUCAACUCGCACUCCUUGUCGAGCUACAAGUCCCACUUGGCCCGAGAGUUGAUGGAGCUCAUUCGUGAAAAGCGCCAACAUGCUCGGAGUUUGGAACUUGCAAAGGUCAACAAUAAGAACUACCAGGAGUAA